CACCAACUAAAACUUAAACAUGCAAAUUAGCUUCAGAUUUUCGUACCAGAAAUAUCAAUUUUAUAAACUCGGGAGUUGAAUCCGAGAAGAGACGCAGAAGAGAAGAUCACACAGCUGAGGGGAGGUACUGAAAAUCCCUGCAUUUGAAUUAUCCAAAAAAUGGAUCUGAAUCCUCCUGCAGGGGAGAACUAUGCAAACCCUAAUAUAUGUUUCUUCCAUGUGCUCUUCAAGGCAGCAGCUUUGGCAUUUUACAUACUUUCAGCUCUAUUUGUCGAUAGUUUUGUUAUCAUAUUUGUGGUCACUGUUCUGCUAGCAGCUCUUGACUUUUGGGUUGUUAAGAAUGUGAGUGGACGCAUCUUAGUGGGUUUGAGGUGGUGGAAUGAAAUAAGUGAAGAGGGUGAAAGUUUGUGGAAAUUUGAGUGCCUUGACCAAGAGUCGUUGGCUCGCAUGAAUAAGAAGGAUUCUUGGCUUUUCUGGUGGACACUAUACCUUACUGCUGUGGCUUGGAUUAUUCUCGGAAUAUUCUCACUCAUUAGAUUCCAAGCUGACUAUCUCCUUGUUAUUGGUGUGUGCUUGACACUCAGCAUUGCAAAUAUUGUUGGCUUUACUAGGUGCCGCAAAGAUGCCAAGAAGCAGCUUCAAGCAUUUGCCACUCAGACCCUCGCAUCACGAGUAUCUUCUACCAUCCAGACUGCAUUCAGUGUUGUUUGAACUCCUACAAGGAAGAGGUGAACUGGGCACAAAAGAAUCAAUUCGUGAAUGUCAGCCAACUUACACACUUGCAUGUCACUGUAUUGGAAUGUCAACAGCUUUUUCUUUUACAGUUUUGUAGAGAUGAUGGAACAAUGGAUAGGCGUUUGUAUUAUUCUUUGACUACUAUAGGUCCAGUGCAUGUUGAACGAACAUACAAAUAAGUUUGGUAAAAAAUCGUACUUUUUUCUGCUUUCUUGUC